UCUGCAUACCACUUGAGACUCCUGCUCCUAAUAUAGACCCAACUGGUUUGUGGGAUAGGCAUGGGGAGAGGAGCCUGCGUGUAGCAGGACCUAGCGUUUUGUUGUUGGGUGCGUAGUGCCCAACUCUUUUAUGGAGAGAAUACUUAUAUGGCAGAUCUCGUUUCAAGAGAUGCGUGAACAGUGGUUGUUUCGGUCGAGGGCGUGGUCAAGUGCCUCCCUGACGAGACCCCCGGAGACCGUCAUCGAUCGCAUCAUUAAGGCUGAGGUCCAUCGGCUGGUCCUGGUAGACAAAGAGGACGUGUGCAGGGGGAUCAUCUCUCUCUCCGACCUGCUCCAGGCCGUGGUGUUAACCCCGGCAGGUAAUGACACCCUUUUAGCCUCAAAACACCUGUGGGAGUCAGGCCCUCUUGCCCUACCUCCAUCUUCCACCGCCUCUAGCCCCACCUCCCCGGCCCAGAGAUUUCAAGCAAAUCAAACUGAGAACAAUGUGAAGUGGAUGAAAAGGGAGACCGUUUUCAAAAUGUCAUCGUACUGCUGUGGAGAGAAACAUAAUCCGUAACAAUCAACUGUAUCAGUUGAGUUCAAUAAAACACAAUUGUCCUUAGUUGCAUUUGAUCAAAUUGAUGAUGUAAGUUUGUGUUACUUUGUGUUGCGCUGAAUUUGUGCUUUAUUAAACAUGUUCUAAUCAA